AUGUAUUUUCCAUUUCAAUCAAAAAGCAAUUUUUCAUCACCUAUUCAACAAGGUUUAACAUCAAAUCAAAUAGCCUCACAUGAAAAUAUUAAUAAAGAUAUGACAAUCUCACCAUUAUUAAAAAAUGAAGAUGAAAUCGAAACUGUUAAUGAAGUACUUGCAAUGGAAGAACGUAAUGGAAAAAUUUAUUAUAAAGUUAAUUUUACGGGUCAUUCACCUGAUUAUACAGCUUGGGUUUGUGAAGAUGAUUUAAUACCGGAAUAA